AUGGGGUUAAAACUGUAUCAUUAUAGUGUCAGUGGCCCCUCCCGGGCAGCAUACAUGACCAUUAAAGCUAUUGGAUUAGAAGUUGAAGUUGUAAUAGUUGAUUUAAUGAAACAGGAACAACUUAAAGAACAUUUUCUUCAGAUUAACCCUCAGCACUGCGUACCGACUAUUGAUGAUGAUGGUUUUGUUUUGUGGGAAAGUAAGGCGAUUGCCUGCUAUUUGGCCGAGAAGCAUGGGAGGGAUGAUCUCUAUCCAAAAGGUUUAAAGCACCGUGCGCUUGUGAAUCAAAGAUUGUAUUUUGAUAGUGCUACUUUUCUACCACAUAUACGUGCUAUUAUGCAUCCCAUUUUAUUCCAAAAUGUAAAAGAAAUAAAGAAGCCAUUAAAAGAUAAUUUAAAUGUUCAACUUGGAUUUCUAAAUCGCUUUCUGAGUGACAGUAAAUGGGUGGCUGGCAAUGAAUUAACUAUUGCAGACAUAUCUCUUGCUUCUUCUAUGGCUACAGUUAUGGCUCUUGAUUGGGAUUUGUCUGGCUUUCCCAAUGUUGAUAGAUGGUUCAAGCAAUGUGAAAAUAUACCUGGAUUUGAAGAAAAUUUGAAAGGGGCAAAGCUUUAUGGUGAUGCUGUCAAAAGAAACUUACAACUGUAG